AUGCCAAAAAUUAAUUUGCAGUGGGCGAUAAUCCCCUUAUAUCUGGUCGGGAAAUUGUUUUGCCUGAACGCAUUUACAUACAGCCUUGGCACUGUUUAUCACGUCGCCUACAAGGAUGACACCCAUUCCGAUGGUGAUUAUAAUGAUGCCGAUGAUGACCAAAACGCUCAGGGAAAACAACCCGAAGGGAGCGACGGAAUAAGUGAGGUGAUGGUUGACACCGAUGGAAAUGCACCCAGCUUAACGCAAACCGACAACAUCUGUGCUAACAACCAUUAUCGGGGCGGAACAAUUAUAGCGGAUGGCACCGACAACAGCGGCAACAGAAUCAUCAGCAUUUUACAUAACCAUUUCCGUCGACAAAACCUGGAAGCCAAGAGACGCAUCAAAAUUUCAAUUAUAGGAACUGUGCAUGUGGUGGCUUUGUGUACCGCUUAUGCCGUCUAUCACGUUUACUCGGUGCAUUCCAAAUUCUCGGAUCGGCAGCGGCCGAAUCUGGUCCGGGUGGCAAUCGAUCUUACCUCCCAGUACGCUGGAUUAUGCCUGGUGAUUAUACUAGUAAGUGCAGCCCUCGUCAAUCAGCGCUCGCUAAUGAAGCUCAUUAACGCACUUUUUGAGAUUGAUGACCUAUUGAUGAGCCGAUUAAAUAUUGCGGUCCCGAAUGGGCGUUGGCUGACAAUCAUCACGGCAUUGUUCAUCGGAUUCAUCAGUUUGAAAUGCACCAUCGAAGUGCUGUCCUGCCUGAAAAGCAGCCGCGAGGAGAAUGUUAAAUUUCCACGCAGCUUUCUGCUUCUCUGCAUCAUCCCGCAGCUGGUGUGUCUCAUUAGUGAGCUUCAGUACAUUGCCUUCCUGCUGCUGAUCAAAGCCCGCUAUAAAGUGUUGAAUCAAGUACUGGCAGCUGAAAAACCAUCAAACGCCAAUGAAAUACCGAAAGGAAACUGCCAAAUUGUCAACCGAUUGCUGAAGACCUGCCAUGAAGAUAAAGCAGAAAUCGAAGUGAAAGGUUGCACCACUGAAAAUGACAACAAUGUGCGACAGCCAGGACCUGCCACCAUUCAAAGCAUGACAGACAAACUGUGGGGAGUGGGAAAAUGUCGAUUGAAGUUUGCAGCUAGGACCAAUCAGCUGAGACACAUUUAUGGAAUCUAUCUCAAGCUUCGGCAGACGAUCCAGAUGACAAACCGGUCGUUUGGAGUGCGAAAUUUAAUUUUGAUUCUGUACCAAUUUGUAACGGUGGUUGAGCUGAGCUACAUGGCCUGCAUCGUAGGGAUGAGGCAAAUAGACGGAUAUGUCGACAAGAGUGGCGAUGAGGAUUUGAUUCUAACUGUACUGUAUAUAGGCUGUUUUUUGCUGGAAUUUUUCGCCAUCUGUUUCUACAGUCAUUCCACAGUAGAUGAGGUAAAUUCUACUCGUCAGAACAAAAUUACACUAUUUACAAAUGAAACUGAUGACAUUGGCAGUUCCACUCCGAAUCCAUCCUUUCGAUUAAAUUUGUUGGAACUGCACUUCAAUUGCCUGGGCCUGUUCAAUGUCGAUUUAUCUCUGUUUUAUGGGAUGAUUGGUGCCAUGACUACCUAUCUGAUCAUAUUAAUCCAAUUUGGACACCUUGAUUCGCUUCAAUAA